AUGGCUGCCAAAAUGCCAACAACAUAUCCAUAUGAUGAUUGUAGUGAAUGUGUGGCAUAUAUAAAUGUAGCGAACCCACAUAAUAGUGAGAUCAUUAUAGAGCCAAUAUAUAGGAUGCACUUUGUUAUAGCGUCUAACAGAAAUAAAAGAUAUAUAGCUUCCGUGUUACUAAAAUAUUACAUCAAUUAUGCUAGACAAAUGAAAAAAGGUAUAUUACCAUUAACUAGUCCAGAGACAAGAUUCCGUCGAAAUAAUUUGGUGGUAAACACAGCUGAAGAGCAGAAACUCUCUCCAGAAAUUCCAAUGGAUAUCAAAGCGUAA